GUCUCUUUAAGCAGUCUAUAGUUCAGUAGCACCCGUUUUUCCUAGCGUUCAAAUUCAUAGUUUUAUUUAAAAUUAGAGUGCGUGAUAGUUUUUAGGUUGCACUUCGUUUGUGGCAUCCCUACAAAUGAAAGAUCACAGCAAGUCCUCUGUUGCCCAAGAUACCCAUUCUCAUUCAAUUGGAGCUGCAUUGACCUUCAUAGUCAUACUUUUGGGAAUUGGUGUACCAGUAUGGUGGAAUACAACAACAGUACAACGUGCUUCUCUACCUUUGGAAGAACUGUCUAGCAUGGCAAAGUUGUCUGAAAAUGAACAAACAUUUCAUAUUGAAUUCAAAACCAUGGAAGAUGCUUCAGUGUUGGUGGAAAACCUACAAAAUGAAUUGGCCGAAUCCCAGGAGCUUUCGAGUUAUAAUUUCAGCAUUGUUCCUUAUCAUCUGAAUCCAAAAGAGGUCGACAUACUGCUAUCACAAAAUUCAAUUGAUGCCAUUGACAUUAGCUUCGAAGAACUAUCAGGAAACCAUCUGCUAGAUGGUUUAUCCAUUGUUCAAGUACCAUCACAUUAUUUACCAUCUGGAAAAAUCUAUGUAGGAAGGCACAAUUUCCUGUACAUUUCAAAAGAAACAAAUUUAAAAUCACUUUGCAGCAUUUUUGCUUCAAUCUUGUCAACUUACAAUCAUCAUGAAAAUUCAAUGGCAAAUCUUCCCAUUUCUAACCAAUAUAAUGUUCUUCUAACUUUUGCAAUGUCCAACCCAACUAUGGUACAUCCUAGUCUAGUUUCCAUAUUUGAUGAAAACUUUGCUGCAUUUUCAAAGAAGUUCCGCCAUGUUUCUGACCUUUCAAUAUCAUCCCAAGUUGUUUACAUUGGAAAUGGACACAUUGGAGCAGAUUACAGUGCUGAUAACAAUGCUUUCAUCCUUAAUGAAGAGAAAAUUGUCUCCCUCAUCAAUGUACUGGAGCCCCGAUUAGGAAACCAGUUGUCAUCGGAUCCCACUUUCCACUGGGUACUUUAUGUUCCUCAUGAAGAACAGUCUCCCAUGUACAUCUUCAAAGGCUCAUCGCCUGUCACAACGAACUCAGUUCUUAGUCCACGCUGGAACGGAGGAGGUUUACAAAUUGUCAACGGAAUAGAAAAUUCUUUUGCAGGACUUGCCCUUUGUCAACUAAGAAAUGCACUCGGUAUUUUCUCCCUGCAGAAUAUCGAGAAUUCUUACAUGUCCUUGGAUUACGAUGAAUCUGGUGUUCACGACUGGGAAUUGUAUUUGUUGACAAGACGCCGUACGAUACAAUUUUUAAAUCAAGCUACCAUUACUCUCAAAUCUCUGUCACCGUUAUUAGAACAAAUCGGCAAUAUCGUUGUCAGUGAAGAAAUAAGAGACUUGGUUGUCACUUCCGUCAAAAUGGUUGAUGCCGCCAGAAGAGCAAUUCAAAACGGCGAUUUCCAACAGGCGUACCGAGACGCUAAAGUAGCUAAUAUGUGUGCGGAAAAGGCUUUCUUUGAUCCUUCGCUUUUGGCCUUGUUAUACUUCCCCGAAGAUCAGAAGUAUGCAAUUUAUAUUCCCCUAUUUCUUCCGAUAGGCAUUCCAGUUCUCCUGUCGUUGCGAUCGGUCUACAUGCAUUUCCUGAAACGUUAAAGUAUUGUGUCCUGAUUCCUUAGUCUUUUAAAAAGAAAUGUGUUGUGGCAAACAGGAUUAAAUGCCGAAACAUCCCCAUC